CCCGCGGCGUCGGAAGAAAGUUGCAUAGCAACCAAACGCUUUAAUUUACGACCUCUAUACCAGAAUAUAGACGCAAAAGAGACGAUUUGCGGGCAUGUUGAGGAGUAAACCAACGCCACACGCUCAAGCGUUUACUAUCAAGGCCGCAAUGAAGAACUCCAUGGUGGCAGGUCCCCCGCCGGCAGGUGCUUUUCAGGAGCGCCCCACCAAACCCACCAUGUUUCGGAAGUUCUAUGAGCGUGGAGAGUUCCCCAUGGCACUGGAGCACGAUACCAAAGGCAACCGCAUCGCUUGGAAGGUGGAAAUCGAGAAGCUGGACUACCACCACUACCUGCCUCUGCUCUUUGACGGUUUAUGUGAGACGGCCCACCCGUACGAGUUCUUUGCUCGUCAGGGCAUCCAUGACUUGCUGGAGCAUGGCGGACCUAAGAUUCAGCCUGUCAUCCCGCAGCUCAUCAUUCCCAUCAAAAAUGCCCUAAACACAAGGAACCGCCAGGUGAUCUGCACUACCCUGAAAGUUCUUCAGCAUCUGGUGAUGUCUGGGGACACGGUGGGAGAAACCCUGGUGCCCUACUACCGACAGAUCCUGCCCAUCCUCAACAUUUUCAAGAACAUGAACAUCAACUCUGGAGACGGCAUCGACUACAGCCAGCAGAAAAGAGAAAACGUUGGUGACCUCAUUCAGGAGACUCUGGAGGUGUUGGAGCGUUACGGUGGAGAAGAUGCCUUCAUCAACAUCAAGUAUAUGGUGCCCACCUAUGAGUCCUGCAUGAUUAAUUGAGUUUAUCCUGGAAGUGGGGUUGGGCUUAUGCUUUUCCACUGCUCAGUAGGCCUACCAGCUCGGUUCUAUUUAUCGUAAUUUUCGGGCUAUAAGCCGCUACUUUUUUCCCCUCAUUUUGAAUCCUGCGGCUUGUAGUCUAGUGUGGCUUAUUUGUUGAUUUAUCGGGUUAAUAGGUAACACUUUAUUUGACAGCGGCGUCAUAAGACUGUAAUAAGACCGUCAUAAUUAUGACAUGACACGAUCACUGGCAUUAAUGAAUGCUUGUGACCGAUGUCAUUUCGUGUCAUCCGACAAAUGAUGUCACCAUCUCCAUUUAUGUCCAGCUCGAAUCUUUUACAUCCGUUCAAAAGUGAGAUAAUUUGCCGGAUGACACAAAAUGACAUCAUGGCUCAUGGCAGUGUCACGUCAUAAUUAUGAUGGUCUUAUGACAGUCUUAUGACACCACUGUCAAAUAAAGUGUUACCAAAUACCAUGACUACCAAUUAAUGAAACAACUGGAACAGUAACUGAAGAAAUGAUUAGCACAGAACAUAAUUUUUAAUUGUUAUUUACAUCUGUAUCACUGCAAUGCAUGCUAGGAGGCCUGUUGGACAACAAGGGUUUACAACAGGUGGCAGCAGAGGUUGACGGUCUCCUCCAAGGGAGCAGUGAUGGCCAAAUGAAGCUUCUUGAAGCAAUGAAGCUUUGCAGCUAAUUGGUUCAAAGCUUCAUGGUGGUUCAUUUGGUCUGAUGUUUUGGUGAAAAUAUCCCAUAAUGCAGUGAGGACAGCUGCAGUUUAUAGUCCAGUGCAGCUUAUCUAUGAACAAAUACAGUUUUCCUGUCAAAUUUGGUGGGGGGUGGCUUAUACUCAAGUGCGCCUUAUAGUCCGAAAAUUAGUGUAAUCGUUUUUCCACGUUAAAAUAGUACCUGGAGCUAAAUUUAAUCCAUGAAGAGAUUUUUGGAAGAAAGUAACUGAACAAUGCAGUAAAUAAGAGGACUAUGGAGUCUUAACAUUAGGUGCUAAGGUACAGUAAUGGCAUACACUCACGAUAUUCUGCAAUUUUUAGCCCUGUUUCCGAAAAUCUUUAAGUUACAGUGGUUCCUCUAGAUACAAAGUUAAUUCGUUCCAGGACCUUGUUUGUAAGUUGAAAUGGUCGUAUGUCGAGUAGGAUUUUCCCAUAAGUGAAAACCUACACUAAAUCCGUAAUAAACACUGCUGGUACUGUUACAAAUGGCAAUUAAACAUAGCAAAACAAAUAAAUUAUGAAUAAAAAUCCGAAUAAUAAUAUAAUGAUAAUAAUAAUUCCUGUAAUAAUUUAACGAAUCGGGUUCUAAUGUGAAUAAAAAAAAAAAAAA